UUAAACCAUUAAAAGGGAGCCGUAGCGAGUAAUUAGUAACCGGGACCUGCAUUUGAACGGACCAAUCAGCGUCCGCCUUCUCCAUGUUAUAAUUUCCAGCCAGGCGGCGGAGGGCGACACCAGACAAAGACAUCACACCGCGUCGACCAGGUUCCCAAGUAAAUAUUGAGCUAGAAACAAAGCUCGACUAGAAAGCAUUGGUGUCGUAAGUGUUGCCAGGUGGCGCUCGCUGUCCAAGUUAAACUGUCACUUGUAAAUCGCUAGCCUGGAGUCCUCCAGCAGAAUGCCAGCACCGGCUGUUGCCCGUGAUAGCAGCCCUGGCCCUAGCCGCAUGAAAAGCUUUAAAAAUGCGGGCAAAGAUAUGGAGGAGAUGCGCCGUCGGCGACAAGAGACCAGCAUCGAGUUACGGAAGGCUAAAAAGGAUGACCAGUUGCUGAAGAGAAGAAAUGUCUCUCUUGAUGAUCCAACCUCUCCUCUCCAGGAACAGAAUACCACGGGUCCUGUGAUGAGUCUUGAGGAAAUUAUCAAUGGCAUUAUUAGUACAGAUAGCAGUAGACAAGUAAUCGCUACACAGGCGGCAAGAAAGAUGCUCUCUCGAGAACGCAACCCUCCCAUAGAUGCUAUUAUAGAAGCUGGCAUGGUUAAUCCUCUUGUACAAUUCCUGGAAAGAGCAGACAACCCUGCUCUGCAGUUUGAAGCAGCCUGGGCGCUGACUAACAUUGCUUCUGGCACAUCACAACAAACUCAGGCUGUCGCAGCUUCGGGUGCAGUAAUCUCAUUUGUGAAGCUGCUAAGAUCGCCACAUACUAAUGUAGCUGAGCAAGCAGUAUGGGCACUUGGAAAUAUUGCUGGUGAUGGACCUGAACUAAGAGACUUCGUUAUCAAAGCUGGAAUUGUGAAACCUCUUCUUGAACUCAUAAAGCCAGAAACAGAGCAUUCAUUCUUACGAAAUGUAACUUGGACGCUUAGUAACCUGUGCCGAAACAAGAAUCCUUCGCCACCUUUUGAAGUUGUAAAGCAGUGUUUACCUGCCUUGAGUCACCUAAUUUGUCAUCCCGAUAAAGAAGUCCAAGCUGAUGCGUGUUGGGCUUUGUCUUACUUAACCGAUGGAACAAAUGAGAAAAUCCAAGAGGUUGUUGAUGCUGGAGUUGUACCACGCCUUGUGGAGCUGCUGAACUGUGAUGACCUUCCAGUUGUAACCCCUGCAUUAAGAGCAAUUGGAAAUAUUGUUACUGGCAAUGAUACUCAAACUGAUGUUGUAAUAAAUGCUGGAACAUUGCCAGUGUUCCCCAAAUUGUUGAGACAUCACCGCAACAACAUUGUAAAGGAAGCUGCAUGGACAAUUUCCAAUAUUACAGCUGGUAAUGUGGAGCAGAUACAGGCAGUUAUAGAUAGUGGACUUGUUGCCCCUAUUUGCCAAGUCUUGGAUAAGGGAGACUUCAAAGCUCAGAAGGAAGCUGCCUGGGCCGUUACAAACUUUACAUCUGGAGGGUCAAUGGAACAAAUCAUUGAGCUGGUAAGCCAAGGUGUCCUUCAUCCAUUCUGCAACCUUCUCACCGCCAAGGAUGCCAAGACGGUUAUGGUGGUGUUGGAUGGCAUCUCAAACAUCCUCCAAACUGCAGAGAAACUAAAUGAAGUAGAUCGUGUUGGCCAGAUGAUAGAGGAGUGUGGUGGACUUGACAAAAUUGAAGAACUUCAGAACCAUGAAAACGAGACGGUCUACAAAAAGGCUUUAAGUAUUAUUGAGACUUACUUUGCCGAGGAAGAAACUAAUGGUGUCAGCAGCACAUCAAAUGGACAAACUUACGACUUUACGUCGGCCACAAACAUGCCCGAUGGAGGUUUCUCAUUCUAAGUUGAUUUUUUUUGUAGAUUAAAUGCAUUUAUUACCUUGUUGCCUAUUCAGGUUGCUGUUAAAAUGCAGGCCCAAGAUGUGAUUCUCUUCUAGUGUUCAUUGAUAAAAUAUUUUAACACCCUAAUCAUUUGGUUUAUUUUCUCUGAACAUAAAUUGCCAAGCUGUUUCAUAUAUUUUUGUUCCUAUAUAAAAUUGUAUGGCAAUGCUUGGUUACCAAGGAAAUUCUCAAAAAGCAUAAAUUUGCUUCAUGGAAAAUGGCAUUUUGAAUUUAGGAAUAUUUUUGUAUUGCAUGUAAGUCUAUCAUAUUUGUUUUAAAUGUAUUUUAGAGAGUUAUUCCUAAACACUUGUCUGUAAGAGUCUGCUGGGACCAAUUUGGCACGGACACGAUCCUUGGUUGUCCAGUGCAAUGAACUCUUCCUUUUCCUGUCAAACAUAUUAUUUUCAUACCUAUAUCUUUAAUAAAUCUUUUUGAAAGAAA